GAGUCAGACGUGUCGGCAUUAGCAAAUUUUAAAAACACUCAGUAGCUCGUUUUAGUAACUCAGUGAAGCCUAAACAAAUUACUUUAAGUUAUUUAUUUAUCAAUUUACAAUCAUAAUUCAAUUUGUAAAUAUAAAUUAUUCCAAUUUACAUUGAAAACAAAAUUUUAUCGAUUUUACAUCAAUGAAAUAGAUUGUAAGAUCAACGAACAGAGUGCCUCUUUAAUCAAAAUCAACAAAUAAUUGCCAAUCCUAAUAUUUGUAACAACACCCACAAAAAUGGCAGUACCAACAGUGGGUAUUAGAAUGGCUGAUAUGUUAACAACGCCAGUAACAUCAAUUCUUUUACCAAAUAUAUCAUAUACGCCAAGUGCUGAAUUUUUUGAAACUGAAGUUUGCAUUUCAAAUGGUUUUGAUUCGUUAAAUUUUUUAGACACUAGACGUUCCACAUUGUCAUCAAAUAAUCAUGUCCCAUUAAAUAAAUUAGGUUUAACUGAUUUAGAAAAAGAGGAAAUUAUACGUGCUUUGUGGAAAAUUGAAUCAUCAUUCACAGGAUCAUCGUCAGUUGAAGAUAGAGAUAUGUUUAUGGCAGCAGUUAAUAAUGCCGUGACAAUAAGUAAAACUUAUUUUUCAAAAAUGACUGAUUCCGAUAGAGAAGAAAUAUUUGAAAAAAUAAUAGGCAUUAAAAAUAUUUGCUCACAUCGAAUGAAAUUGAGAAUUGCACAAACUGAAGCACAAAUUAUUUCAAUAAGAAAUGAAAUUGAAUCGCAAUCGACUCGUUUUGCAAAUACUUUCUCGAGAUCAUUAAAAAUAUGUCAAAUGAUUUUUAGCAUUUUUGGUUUUUUUUUUCUUAAGCUCUCAACUGAGCCUUCUGAUUAUGAAACAACAACUUUUUACAAUAUAACCAGCAUGCUAGGAUUUGCGAUAUCAGCAUGUUUCCUGAUGAUCUCUAUACCCAGCAAUAUCAAUGAACUUGAUCCCACUGUAUGUUCAUUUGAUGCCAUUUUCUGCAUAAUAUGGACAAUUUUAAUGUGUACUUCCACUUCUCUAUUACUAUGGCAUAUGGAAGUAAAAAAAAAUGGACCCUCCAUUGCUGUAAUCUUUGGAUUUGUUGCAAUGGGAUGUUAUGCAGGAAAUGCACUUGUUUUAAUUCGAACAUGUUACAAGAGAUGAUAAUUUUUAAAUGAAACUUAACAACAAAAAGGAAAAAAAUAAAUAAAAAUUGCAAAA